AUGACUCAGCGUCACGAGUGCGGUCACAGCUCGCAACCUCGCGGGCCUGGUGCCCAGUGUCUGCUCUAUCGUCAAGAUCGAGUCAAUUCCGCCACCACCUGGCUCUAUCUUUGGACCCUCUGCAUCUCCGACCGCAUUCUUCAGUCCCAGUAUCCAUUGGUUGCUCUAGAGAUAUUGCCAGAAACACAUCGCGCCCGCUCACUACGGUAUGUCAUCAACCCAUUCCCCGCCCUUGAAGGUUACCAGGGGGGGCACUGCUCGAGCCGAGCCUUUGUCGCAACGACGCGGCCCAGCCCCUACUCCGUUAUCCGACUCCUGCUCCUGGGCCUUGCUUCAACCCUCUUGUGCCGCAUCCAGCGCGUCUCGACACCAUUGACCAGCUUUUUGCCUCCCACCUUCCACCCACCCUCACAUCAUCGACGUGGUUCAUGGGCGGCCGAGGACAGCACAAUACAUUGCGGUAAUCGGAAGCUCCAUUGUCUGAGCCGAUACUCGAUGCAGCUGGACCCGUACCUCGACUCCCAUGCGCAAACGCGAGCUACCCUGGCUUUCCCUCGUUUCCAAUCUCACAUAAGCUGUUGCUGCGAACCCAUUGCCUCGUUCACCACGGCUGCAUCGUAA